AAAACUAAGCCAAUAUAAAUCACAAAUCUUGAGCAAAUUAAAGCCUUAUUACUGACCUGGCCUCUGUCAACUACACCCAAAGAGUCAAAACACCAACCCACCAAUUAAUCCUUCCUUCAAGCAUUAUCUCACAAUGUCUUCAAACCUCACCAUUGAACAAAGGCUCGAACAGCUGCAAAAGGCAAAGGAAAGAGCACAACCCCAACCACCCAAAGGGGCCAAAAUCCAACGGGUAGCACAUCAUCUCCGAGACCGAAAGCAUUUCACCAAGCAUUACGAGCCGAAACUGAUGUCAUUGGGUCCCAUCCAUCACGGUGCUGAAAAACUGCAGCUGGGAGAGCAGUGUAAGCAAAGGUGGGCAGCAACGUACAUCGAAAGCACUGGAAAAACCCCACAAACUCUACACAAAAGGGUUGUGGACGAUUUUGAAAACCAGAAGAAGUUGUUUGACGAUGACCUUUUAUUAGCAUCGACCCAACAGUAUCAGAAGCAAGGCUUCACAACCAUGGAAGAAAAGAUUCAGUGGAUGCUGUUCGUGGACGCGUGUGCCCUGCUGCAAAUUCUGGAACAUGCAAAUCUUCACGCACCGGAGAAAAUGAAAAUCAAGGUCGAUCAACUGGUUCUGGUGAUGGGGGACGUGCUCUUGUUAGAGAACCAGCUUCCUUUCUCUUUGCUGAAACUGUUGUGGAAAAACGACGAGAGCGAGUUGAUGAAAACAAUGAAAAAGUUUCUUCGGUGUCAUCAUUGGGCCACCAAAAAAGAAGACAUGAUCAUAGAAACGGAGUUCCCAGAACCUAAUCAUCUUCUCGAUCUUCAGCGCUCUAUCAUCCUCUAUGAUCCUAACAAGAGAAAACAGACUCAAAAUAAUGAUAAUCAAAAUCAAGACACUAACAAGGGGAAUGAGGCUCAAAAUGAUCCAAACAUAAACAUGGCCAACAUGGGAAAUCCGACUCCAAAUGAAAACCCUGUGCAAAGUUGGACUAUUAUUAAUAAUAUAAUUAGACGUUGCCUGCCAAAAACCAAAAGAAAGAAUCCAAAUGAAAACAACGACGACAUGGUAACAUACAGGAACAUAAAGGAGUUAAAAGAAGCAGGGAUUGUAUUGAAGUCAAGCAAGACACGUAGGCCAAGAGAUGUAUCAUUCUCCUAUGGUUGGAUCCGUUCGGAGUUAAAGCUUCCUGAGAUUGUUGUAGAUGACACAACAGCUGCUACUGUGCUAAACCUAAUAGCAUAUGAGAUGUGUCCUGAUUUUGAGAACGACUAUGGGAUUUGCUCUUAUGUGUCCUUCUUGGACUCACUCAUAGACCACCCAGAUGACGUGAAGGCAUUGAGAUCAGAACAGAUUUUGCUCAAUUCAUUAGGGAGUGAUGAGGAAGUGGCCAACCUCUUCAAUACCAUAAGCACUGACUUGGUUCCUGAUAUGGUGAAAUAUGCUGAUGUUAGAAAUGAAAUUGAGAAGCAUUACAGUGAUAAGAGUAGGACUUGGCUGGCUCUAGGGUAUCAUACCUAUUUCAGCAACCCUUGGGCUAUCAUUGCAUUCCAUGCUGCAGUUGUGGGCCUUGCCCUAACUUUUGUCCAAACUUGGUAUACUAUUCACCCACCAAAAUAACUACACUAUACAGUCUUGAGAAAAAUAAUGUAAUAAUAGUAGUAUUAAUAAUCAUACAGUAAUAUGUUUGUGUGUGAUUCACUGUGUCACUGCCACAAAUAAAUUAAUUUGUUAUUAUUUUUUUGUAUGGUUGGAAUUUUGUAAAUAGAAAAAUUGUCGAAUAAAGGUUUUCAUGUAAUUUGAUAACUAAUUAUGUUCAUGCUUGGUACUUUUGUACAAUUAUGAGUGGUUAUGAAAUCAUUUUAUUUGGAUUA